AUGAGUCAAGCCACUCUCAAGAUUGGGUUUGUUGGAGCCGGAGCGAUUCAUUUCGGGAGACCGGAAGUACCCUGGGAUCAUGCGUCGCGCCUGGAGAAGAUUGGUGGACUGGAGGUAAUUGGAAUUGUUGACCCCGACACCUGUCGGAGUGAAGAGGUACUAAACGAACGUCUGGCCUCUCCUGACCACGGACACAUAUACGCAAAUUGCCGACUCCUAACCGACUACAGGGAGUUAUUGGGAAUGAAACCGGAUGUUGUUUUUAUAGGAAUUCCACCAGCUUACAGAGGAUCUCCAAAAGAGGGCAAAAAUCUUGAAUUAGAAUUUGCCCGCGCUGGAAUACAUGUUUUUGUAGAAAAACCUCUUUCGCUAGUGCCACCGGAAGAGUUUACUCCUUACGCAGGCGCAGUGGCGGAUGCAUGUCGGACCAACAAUAUUGUCCUCUCUGUUGGGUACAUGUUCAGGUACCAUGCGGCCGUCCUCAAAAUGAAGGAACUAAUUGCUCAACAUGGGGGAAAGGUGAUGGCAUUUAAUGCCCGCUAUUACUUUGCCUACACUGAAGGAGUCAACAAAUAUUGGUUCAACACCGAAUUCAGCGGUGGACCAAUCGUAGAGCAGGCUACCCACUUCUGUGACCUCGCUCGGUACAUAGUCGGGGACAUAGAUAUGACGUCACUGCACACUAUCAUGCUGAAUGAUACGGAUAAGGGAGAUGCUGGUAAGCUAAUGUACGUGGCAGACAAAGCAGAAGACGACAUUCCCGCCAACAAGAGGAUCCCUAGAGUCACACUCAGUCACUGGAGAUUCCAGGACAGUGGUCUUGGCACUUUGAUGCACUCUGUCACGUUACCGGGAAGUCGUUACCAAGCAACCAUUGACGUUCAGUUGGACGGUCUCCAGCUCUCGCUCAUUGAUCCUUAUGAGAGUACCAGUGUACUCCGAGUCCGAAACUUAAAGGGUGGAAAUCCAAACCAAGACCAAGAUUUCGUUUUCGAAAACGACGACACGUAUUUAAGAGAGUUGGAAACAUUUAUCAAAGCUGUUCGUCAGAGGAAUCAAUCCCUAAUCAAGAGUUCGUAUGAAGACGCCAUGAAAACAUACGAAUUGACCUGGGCGAUACGGCGACAAGGCGAAGUCAAGAUAUAG